UUCUGUCAUUUACAAAAAUUUCACCGACAUGUUCCCGAGAAAUCUUUUCACCAAAUCCUCCAUCCCAAUGAGGUUUAUAAGACAAUUCAAUCAAACCACACCAGUAGAAAGCAAGGAUGUUAAACAAGAAACUGGAACGGACUUGAAAGCCAUCCUAGCUUCAAAAAUACCUGGAGAAAUUGACCGUAUAAAGAAAUUCAGAAAAGAACACGGUAACACGGUUGUAUCCAAAGUUACGGUUAACAUGAUUUACAGCGGAAUGCGAGGAAUAUUGGGCUUGAUCUACGAAACUUCGCUUUUGGAUCCCAAUGAAGGCAUACGAUUUCGAGGUUAUUCCAUUAAGGACUGUCAAAAAUUGAUACCGACUGCUGCAGGUGGAACACAGCCACUGCCUGAAGGAUUAUUCUGGCUGCUGAUUACUGGAUCAAUGCCAACAAAGGAACAGGUGAAUGUGGUAUCGAAAGAAUGGGCAGCCAGGUCGAAGCUUCCCGACUAUUGCUACGAUUUCAUGUCCAAAAUUCCCAAGAAAACCCAUCCAAUGGCACAACUGUCAGCCAUUUGUUGCCUGUUAAAUAACGAGAGUUUGUUCGCGAAAGCGUACACUAAAGGAAUCCACAAGAGUACAUACUGGGAGUACGUCUAUGAAGACACCAUGAAUUUGAUUGGCAAAAUUAUAACCGUGGCCGCGAUGAUCUACACCCGAUCAUUCAAAAACUUAGAACGUCCGAAACAUACUGUGCAACCGGAUAAAGACUGGAGCUACAACUUUUCCCAAAUGUUGGGUUACGAUUCGGCCGACUUCAUUGAAUUCCUGAGACUGUACUUGGUUAUCCAUUCGGACCACGAGGGGGGAAACGUGUCGGCUCACGCCAACAAAUUGGUGGGAUCGGCUUUGAGCGACCCUUAUCUGGCCUUUGCCGCCUGCAUGAACGGCUUGGCCGGCCCGUUGCACGGCAGAGCGAACCAAGAGGUCUUGGAGUGGAUUAUCAAAAUUCAAAAGGAGAUAGGCGAUAAGCCCAGUGAGCAAGCCCUAAAAGAUUUCAUUUGGAAGCUACUGAAGUCGGGUCAGGUCGUCCCUGGAUACGGCCACGCCGUUUUGAGGAAGACCGAUCCACGCUACGAUUGCCAGAAGGAAUUCGCCGCCGCUUACAUCAAGAAUGACCCCUUGGUUAACAUGACGGCUGAAAUUAACAAAGUGGUACCACCGAUUUUAACCGAACUGGGCAAAGUUCAGAAUCCUUGGCCCAACGUUGAUGCCCAUUCUGGAGUCAUUCUGUAUCAUUACGGAAUGAAGGAAAUGAGCUUCUACACUGUGCUUUUCGGUGUCUCUAGAUUGUUGGGGGUUAUGGCUAGUCUGGUUUGGGAUAGGGCUCUCGGUAUGUCCAUUGAAAGACCCAAGUCCAUAACUACUGAUGACUUAAUGAGACUGGUUAAAACUAAAUAAUUAAUUAAGCACUUAUACAAAUAAAAUGUGUCAAAUAAGUUUGA